AUGUUCCCCGCCGUCCCUACACUUCGGCUCCUCGCUGGAGAAUACGGUCUCCGCAACAAGCGCGAGAUCUGGCGCAUUGCCCUCGUCCUCUCCAAGAUUCGUCGUGCUGCUCGUGAGCUGCUCAAGCUCGACGACAAGGACCCUAAGCGUCUCUUUGAGGGUAACGCCCUUAUCCGCCGUCUUGUGCGCAUUGGUGUGCUCGAUGAGUCCCGCAUGCGUCUCGAUUACGUGCUCGCCCUUAAGAUCGAGGAUUUCUUGGAGCGCAGGCUCCAGACUCAGGUGUUCAAGAGUGGAUUGGCUAAGUCCAUCCACCACGCCCGUGUCUUGAUCAGACAGAGGCACAUCCGUGUUGGCAAGCAGAUUGUCAACGUUCCUUCCUUUGUCGUUCGUCUCGACUCCCAAAAGCACAUUGAUUUCGCCCUCACUUCGCCAUACGGAGGAGGCCGCCCUGGUCGCGUUAAGCGCAGACGCGCUGCUGCCGCUGCCAAGAAGGAGGAAGGUGGUGAUGAGGAUGAAGAGGAGUAA